CGUGCGAUUUCAACCAACAUGGAUUUGAGAGAUGAAGAAGCUCGUAUGAAAUUCGUAUUUGUUAGAGAAGACAGUGUAAGUCAACAGGAAAAGAUGAGGGCGUUCUGGAAGUUUUUGGACGAUCAGAAUUACUUGCAGCCUCACAAAGGUACAUUGGAGCAUGAAUCGUCGUCGGAAGCGGAAUCAUCGAUGCCGAGUACAGAGGAAGCUAUGAACGAGAAAAAUGCUUGGCAGAAAGGAUUAGAAGUCUUCCAACAACUUGGCCUGGAUAAGACCGCACUCGCGGCUGAUAAAAAAUGUCGACCCUGUCAAAUGCAUAGAACGAUCCGGUACAAUUUGAUCGAAAUGAUUUAUGAACAGCUCGAGAUUAUUUCCUUUUUUAAACGUAGGUGCAAGGAUCUGGCUGAUACAAUAACGCAGCCGUACGAAGAAUUGAACGCUGACAUGAAGGCUUUCGACGAACGCCAGAAAAAUCGUGGCUCGAAUAAAUGCGAAGCACCUUAUGCCGGAGACAGAUUAAAUCAAUGCAACUCUUAUUAUCCAAAAACGAAAAAAUAAUCGUUACUUACACAUCGGCUAGCGUCCCGCGAAAUAAUCGGCUCCGAUGAUAUUUCUAUCAAUGUUUAAUUUUUCUAUUUCAUUAUUCAAAAUCAUUAAUUAAUAAUAAAAAUAUAUACACGCGUUUAUUUAAAAAAAAAUUAUCGGUCUUUUAAUUAUUAAAAAGAAAGUGUUAUGGGGAAACUUUAAAAGCAUUGAUGAUAUGCUAGAUGUCUUGAUGACAUAUAUAAUGUCUUACUGAUCACACGUUUUUAAGUUGCUAACGAAGAUAAGUAAUACAUCUGUCAAUGUAAUCGAUGGCAGGAAUUAUAACGUUUAUUUGCGGCACAUGAAGGCCAAGCUCCGCUUCGAGGUUGUCAGUUGUUUAAUGGAAUUGGAGUGGGCCGGAAUAUGGAUGAGUAGGGUAGCGCACAUCUCUCUGGGUACCGUAGUAGUGUAUCGGAUUUCCUUAGUCCUGGAGGUCGACGUUGUUUCGAGCAAGGUGCGCUGCGCUGCGGGAGCUGCCGUGAAUGGACCGGCGGAUCCUGAAUCCUUACGCGACAUCUGGUCUCUUCCGAUCGACGACAUCAUCUUCUUAUUGUCUCAAUUGUACAAGUGAGAUAUUUUGCGUCAACUGAAAACCUCGCUGGACUUUUUCCAAGAAAUUCGAGAUCGAAGCGUAUCGUAACAACAGGCUUGAGCAAAAUGCAACCGGAAGUCCGGUUCAGUCAAGCAACUAUCGAUUCGGUCAGCAUUACCUUCCCAUGGGUAAUAAUCGCAAGUGAUCGUUUGUG